GAGGUCAAUGAUACGAAAGAAACGGUGGAACUGAAGUUUUCCAAGCCAAGACUCCGUAUCUCAGCUUCCAGAGCUUCGGAAAUGAAGGAAAGGUUAGAAAGGGCAAACCUUGAGAGUCAUGGCUACAAGAAGAUAGUUUAUAGCGGCACGGUGCAGAAGGCCAAGGAAUCACGCCGACAGGUAUGUUCAGUACUGUAUAGCGUAUUUGCUUUCUUUCUGGUGACAAGUUAGCUUUCCAAAAAUUAUAAAAAUCCUUCAGUAAGAGAAAUGAUAAUUAUAAACUGAUAUAUUUUAGGCGGAACACAAUAGAAGCAAACCUGGAAAAUUCAAGGUCUCUCUUCCUCUCAUCUAUUUAGUUCUUUCACCCAAAUUAACUUCUCUGAUUCCGUGCAGUACCAGAAUGCUGAUUCGAAUUGCGAACAGCAAAGAAAUGUGGCGAAUUUUUUUUUACUUCAUGAAGCACCUCAUGACAGACAUGAACAUAAGUCAGAACGUCUUUAGUAAAAUGAAAAUCAAGGAAUCUGGAGCCACCUUACUAUGGGUUAGUAUUAGUGCAAACAGAUGACGUACAUUGAAAUGCAUCCCAAUCUACAGAGUAUUUUAACCGGCUUCACAAAUUGUCUGGGUUAGAUAUUCUAUUACUUACCAGUAAUCGUUUCCCCUUUUUUAGCAAGCCUAUUACUACUACAAGAGAGUAAAUUGCUCCAACGUUUCGGAGGUUGAAAAGGAUUUAAGCAAGAAGCUGUCU